CUCAGACUGCGCUCGAUGCUGUUGUGGGGAGGGCUGCAGCGGGCCGUGGAAAGGGACCGGGCGGCGUGCGCGGGGUUCUGCAAGCGUCGUGCGAGGCAAAGGAAGGCAGAAGGCAGAAGGGGGCUUGGAGCGAAGUGCAACGGCGGCGGCGGCGGCAGCAGCAGCAGCGCCUGCAGCGGGGUCAGCGCUGGUGGAUUGAUCGACCCUGAGACACGCACCGCAGGUUCGCGCGGGGACAGCCGGAGCGGAGCGCCGCAGCCCGCCCGCCAGGAAGGAGAAGCAGCCGAGAGGAGGAAUAGGGCCAGGCGCCCGGUUCCAGCUGCCUCCCUCCCUCAUCCCCUCUUUGCAGAGACCUCCAGCCGCAACAUGACUCUGGAAGAGCUCGCUGGGGAGCAUCAGACAUUUGGAAGCAUGGAGAAGGUAGGGGAUGCGCUGGAAGAAGUCCUGAGCAAAGCCCUGACUCAGAGAAGCGUCACGGUUGGGGUGUAUGAGGCUGCCAAACUGCUAAAUGUGGAUCCAGAUAAUGUGGUUCUUUGUCUGUUGGCAGCGGAUGAGGAAGACAAUCAGGAUGUGGCUUUACAAAUUCACUUCACCCUGAUCCAAGCUUUUUGCUGUGAGAAUGACAUUAACAUACUUCGAGUGAGUAACCCAAGCCGGCUCGCGGAGCUGCUGCUCUUGGGGCCAAGCGGAGGAGGCGAGCAGCCUGCAGACCUGCACUGCGUACUCGUGACAAAUCCACAUGCUUCUCAGUGGAAGGAUCCAGCCCUAAGUCAGCUGAUUUGCUUUUGCCGGGAAAGCCGCUACAUGGAUCAGUGGGUCCCAGUGAUUAACCUUCCUGAACGGUGACGGCACAUGAAUGAAGCUGAACUGUAUAGAAAAAUUGCACUGAAGUUUUAAAAUACUUUAGUAGUUUGCUCAGGAGGUAAUUUCCCAGCCUGGCACAAGGAUUACAAUAACUGUGAUAUCAAGUGGGUAGGUUGAGGUUGAACUACACAUUGUGUGAAACUGAAGGAUGUUUGACUUCGCUGAUGGAAAAUGAUGGACUUGAAAGCAGAAGUUGCGUUGAGGGAGCAAUAGGGAGUCAUUGGAGGAAGUUGGAGCUCUACAAGAAGGUUGUGAAAGCAGUGUGAUGGAGUUCCUUUCAGAACACACCAAAUGCCCUUUGUUGGAGUUGAAAAAGAGCAAUUUUUAGUUUUCGUUUUAAAAUACUUUACAUUUGCAAGAGCUAAAAAAACGGGGGGUUCAUCAUUCUUAAAACUUUUCUAUUUUGUUUCAACAUGCUGAUUUCCUAAGUUUUUAUUCUAGGAAAUAUUAAGUUAUUUUAUGAUACCAAUGAAAGAUUUAUUUAUGCUAGGGAUUUUGAAGAGCAUCUUGCGUGCACCACUUGUAUUAAAAUGUUUGAACUGCUACCUUUUAAUAAAUUGUUUGAAAUUGGACUGUGUUCGCUCAAAUAAAGAUGUAAAAGCCACAGAAAGCCAGUGUUUUUGCUUUUGU